CUCCAACGCCGUGGCCUACCAGGUGCGGUCUAUAUCUGCACUGACCGCAACUUCCGCGGCGACUGCGCCUGGAUAAUGCCCGACAACCAAUGCCAUAUUCCCGGCACUGGCGCCAAUGCACCAAAGUCAAUCGGCCCCGAUCCAGGCGGCUCUUGUGUCUUGUUCAAAAAGGCCGACUGCACUGGGAAUCAAGUCCUGACUCUCAGAUUCCCGGGGCUCGACUGGGCGAUACCGGAGUUUGGGGGUCUCAAGUGCACGGUUGGUAGUGGGAUCCUUCCGGCGGGUAACAGCCAGGCGGACCCAAGGCUAGCGGGUGGCACUGGCAGUGCAGAGCGGCUGAAGCUGAAGCAGAUCCUCGAUGGCAUGGAGGAGGAUGGAUUCAAGGAGGGUAUGAUAGGGCUUGAAAAGGGCCAUUACUAUUGA